AAUGCAUACCUGUCAAUCAAAGCACCCACACCCCUAAGUUUAAGGCUUAAUAAAACCCAAAAGGUUUGGGUUUUUUUGUUUUUUUUUAAAGUUGAUCCACCAUACAGUGUUUGAAGAGACCAGAAACCUAAAUCACAUACUAGGACUUUGUAUGCCUUAAAAAUAAAGUAAACAAAUCAUUCGACACCACAGACUUUAAAAUAAAGACAACACAACACUAAAAGGCAUGGAGCCACAGACUUUCACUACGUGUUAAAUGUUACAGAGCACUACACUCAGGUGUAAAGCAUCACAUGGUCAUGUAUCACCUUUCGCUGUCUGACAGAUACACUGUCACUUUUUGUUGCUGGUAAGCUGAUCCAGCUGUUUCCCAGAGGACUGCCGUAACCAUAGUAAUAUCCUGCAUAAUUUAUCAACCUGAAAACAUGGAGCAGGAUUACAUUGCUGGUCUUUACCAGUCUCUAGGUAUGUCUGCUGGCGCAGAGUUUACCCCUGAGGAUGUGAGUCUCCUUUACAGCAAAGUGUUUCAUUUUCCUUCCAACAUCACUGAAGCACAUACAGCUAUGAGGAAGAUUGCAGGAGGAGACAGUAGCUGGACCUGUAUUGGUGAAAAUGUUUUGGAUGUUCUCUUAGAAAUGGAAAGGGAAAGGGAAAAGAAGGAAAUGCUGUACUGGGACCUCCUGCUACUAAAUACUGGAAAUCCCAAUGCUUUUCAUCACACAAUGGAUUCCCUGCUCCAGAACAUAGACUUUAAUACUUUGAAAAAGGCAUACACCUCAGAUUUAGGAUCCAUAAAGCAGCUCAGAAGAUGGGGAGGGGGGAAAGAGCUAUCUGGGAAAAAGACAUGCGUGAAAAGGCUCAAAAAAGCAGCCAGGCAGUGCUGGGCUAGAUUGGCAUCACAGGGUGUGUGGAGCAUACUGCCCUCUACAUGGCAGAGCCAAAUUCAAAGGAUUACAAGCCAGGUGUGGGGCCAUGUCUCCUUGUCAGACAUCCUCCUCUUGGUGGAUGUCAAGUAUGAUGUGGUCAGUCAAUUGCUGUAUACAGAAAUGCUUCAGGAGCACCACACUAAGAGCGUCUGGGAGAUGAUGCUGCCAUGGCAACAGCAUCAGGAAGUAGAACAGUUGGAGGAUCGUGUAGAUGAAGCUUUGGCAUCUGUUGAUAUGCUCAGCUUAGCUGAGCUGCCAGGAGCUUUCAGGAUGUACAAAGCCUGUAUGAGUGCAUCUUUUAGAAGCUGUCCUGAGCAGUCCUGGUCUGCCAUUUCUCUUCUGAAUGAGUUGCACAAAUUUUGUCAACAAGAACAUGAUGCACUUACAGUCCUGGUUGAGAGGCUCCAUGGGGAGAGCCUGAAACUGUUGUGUCUGUACGUCAGGUUGGCAACUGUUAGAGCUCAGAGAGAGAAAAUGUCCUAUACGGCUCUUCUGGCUGCUCGCCAGUCCUGGGAGACAUGGCCACAUGUUAACGGUCCAUGUAGAGCAGAGCAGGCCUCCUUGUGGCUACAUGGAAAAGCACAAGAGAAAGAGUAUGACUUUGAGACAAUAGAGCAGCAGUCAGUGCUGCAGCUGCUGGUGCUGACUCAGGAGCAGGAGAGGAAGCAACUUAUCACAUUAAUACACGGGAUCUCAAUAAAGGAUUUGCAGGCACCAGCAUGCACAGUGCCUCCAAAAUAUGACAAUCAUCAUCAAGUUUCUUUGAGGAAUGGCUGUAUUAAAAGGCUGCAUCAAAUUCAUGCUUGGUUGCAGGCACACAGUGGUACUCAGAGCCCUCUACAGCAAACAAACCCUGAACCACAACCAAUGGCCCAGCCCAAAGUGCAGGCCUACAGAGAAUGGUCCCCACUUCUCUUAGAAGACUGCGCCCUGCUUCUUCUAACCCAUCUAACAGAACUUCAGGAGGUCCAAGCUUCUGCUUUACUGCAAGCGAUGAUGGAUGAGAAUGCACAGCUUCUCCAGGCUUUGCGGGAUAAAUAUAAAUCUGAAUUUCAAGCUCAGUGCUUUAGCAACCUGCUCCACCUCCUGAUCUCAGAUUCCCCCCUUAGUUCAGGCUCUAUGUUAAAUCUUUAUCCAAACUGUACUGAAACCAGCAGCAGCAAGCAAAUCAUAGUUCAGUCCUCUUACACUGGACAGGCAGAAGUCCAAAACAUGAGUGGUGGAUCAGCUGAAGCUGAGACGGUCGAUUCAAGCAAAAGCAGCAACAGUGUAGUGAAUGAAGUCCAAAAUGCGGAUGGGACUUACAAACAGGAUGUCUGUUCAGGUUGUGGAGCAGUGAUGGAGGACCUGCCCUACUUGGAGAUCUUGUGUGUGUCAGAUCCUCAUGAGGGUCUUGCUGCAGAUGGAGGAGCCAAAGAGGAAGAAGAGGGCAGUGAAUUAAAGAACCCCAAGAGCUGUGAGAAACAGGGCUCUUUAAUCACCCUUGCCUGGAGCAAACCACCAGAGGAUGACACAGACAGCGCAGAAGAGCCUGCAGAUGGGUGUACAGGACAGAUUCAGGAUGGUCCGAGAAGCCUGAACACGCAAGCACGGCCCACACAAUGUGAUGUGUCAAAUCAAGAGAGAGAUGGAGAAGAGCUAAAACCCACUGUGUUGCAGUCUGGUACUCCAGAUCACUGUGACACACAGUCUGCAAACCAGCAGUGCAGCACAGUACAAGAGCUGGCCUUCAGUAACAGAAAAACAGACAAUCAACCAAAGGAAGGAGAAGCUGUAUUUGAAUGUGGCUUACAAACACAUGCUUUGGUGGCAGAGAGCAAGGAAGCCACACAGCCACACCCUAUGGCUGAUUCCUCUGAAGCUAACCCACAUGCAGACGACCUCUGCUAUGAGACAUGCAAGGACAUAACUAAUGCUGACAGGGAUGUGACUGAGGUGGAAACAGAGUCCAAGCAGUGGGACAUGACAGACCCUGAACUUGAUCGCUAUAAGGAGCAGAAAUACUGUCCAGAAGCAACAGUAGACUGCAGCCUGUCAGAGUGUAAGGCAAAGAAGGAACCUUCUCUGAUGGAGAGAGAACGAGUGAGCGAACCGGUGUCUGCAAUGGAGAGAGAGAGGACAAUGCGCAACCUAGUGGACAUGCAAAGAAAAGUUGAACAAAGGCAACAGAGAGACAGAGAGAGGCAACUGCUCAGGGUUCAGGAGCGCCUGUCAAUCAUACAGAACAGAAAGGCAGAGGAAGACCUGCUUGGCCUGAAACACACAGACAGGAUAAAGCACCUCACUCAAGAUCUACCACUGGAAGACAAAAACCAGCAGAAGACUGUUGUGAAAGAGCGUCUGGAGCAACUUAGAAGAGAGCGCUCUUAUGUCAUGCAGUCUAAAAGAGAUAGAAAUACCACAGGGUUUAAAGAACUCCUGGGUCCAGUUGCCCUCCAGAGCAGAAACACGGAGGAUGCAGAAGACUGAGUCACAACACAGUCACAAAAAUAUCAACAAAUGUACGCUUUUCUUCUUAUUUUGAAUAUAUUGAGGCACCAAUUGUCUAAUGUGUUUAGGUUUAAUGGUGCAGAUUUUCUAUCAGCAGUAUUUCCUUUUGUUUGUGGUUGUAACACAACUUAAUAUACAGAAUGCUCAGAAACCAGUACAGGUUGUACAUAUGAAAACAGAACAGAUCAAUGAACUUGCAGUCAUUUAUUGUACAGUUUAAUUAUAAUCUCGACAACCAUAAGCAUCAACAAUAAUGUAAUUUACCAAUGACCCUCCUUAAAUUGUGUACAGACUAUCCCGUGGGCUAAAUUAAAUACACAAUGAGUCACAGAGGUGCGUGAUAACAGUCUACAGUGGCUCCAUUAACUUCUCUUCAUCUGAACAUAACAUUUAUUACCAUUAUGUAAGAAAAAAAAGUUGUGGCUAAAGAAAGACACUGCUGUUGACUCUGAAUGCACCUGUGGAGUAGGACUGUAUUUAUUUACAGGUAUAUGGGGGUGGGACUCUUAUAACAUGUUGAGGGACAAACGUUUGGCUAACAACUCUAGAAUAGGGAGAUAUGUAUAACAUAUAGGGUUUGGUGCAGGCUCAGUGGUUUUCCUGCAAGCCAGGAGAACUUCUCAGUUCUGGUGAGUAGAAUAAAACUGUCCAUGUGGGGAAGAUUCUCAGCAAAUAAACAAUUUUUUCUCCUUCUCUAACUUUAUAUAAUAUCCACUCACACUGCAGUCCAAUAUAAAGCAGGAAUACCUACCACCCUAAUAAGCCAGAACAUUCCACAGCAGCUCCCACACACUGAGCCACUGCAUUACACACAUACAAGUAGUAUACAAGUUUGACCUCCACUCAAAUGAACACAAAACUUCAAGUUCAGAGGUCUCAAACACACUAACCCCCCGCUUCAGACAUGCAAUUGUUUCCAUUAAUCGACUGAACUUGUCGGCUUCAUGUCUGAACGUUGAUCGUCUCUCUUCAAUAAUGGCAAGACUGUGAAUAUGCAUGUGUCUUGAAUCAGUAACGACUAUAAUUUGAAGAUCUGUAUAUGAUGUGGUUUUCCUGAUCCAGAAGAGAAAUGUUUGUCCCUGGGUGGAUGUUAGGGGCAGGGUAUAGCUCUCCAAGGAGCACCAUGCAGUACAAAUACAGAACCUGCCCCUUUUUACACUAUUGGAGAGAACUAAACAUUCAAAAAUUUACUCGUCUUCAAUUAAGGAACAUUAACAAAAGUGCUAUACAUCUGCACGGCAUAAUUUUCUCACUUUAAAGAUUUAUGAAUGUCAUUUCUGUCUGAAUGUCUGACAAGGGGCUUAUCAUUCACACCUACAUAGACAAAAACAGCUUACAUAUAAGAAAAAAACAAAACAAAAAACAAAAAACAAAUGUGCCUGGCAAGCAAGUACUUUAGUCAGGCCUUUUAUAUGUGUGUGUGGCAGCUAGGAACUGAACAGAACCAGCAAAUCCCAUUUUCAAAAUAUGACAAGUCUCCUUUUAAAGUAUAAUCAGGUUAGCGCUGAUGGGAGCAGGGCACUUUAAUAGUGGUGACACACAGAAAUUGAAACACCUGUGGUGCCAGAUGUUUACGUAAUGUCUGGACCCUAGUUUUACAUGGGCAAGCUCUUUAGCAAAACGCCAGCAUGCGCUUGUGUGUAAAAGAUUUUAAA